AUGACCUGCUGCAAGAAGAACAACACCACCUGCAUUUGCGCCCAGGAGGCCACCUGCUCUUGUGGCCUAAAGCCUGCCCAGCAGUGUGUCUGCUCCAAGGCUCCCGUUGAGAACGCCAAGCCCGUCUCCUCCACCUGCUCUUGCGGCAUGAGACCUGCCAACCAUUGCACCUGCUCCCGCCAGGGUGAGGAGAACUCUGGUCUUCUCGAGGGUGAGGUUGACUUCACCAACCUCAAAUAA